AUGUACGCCACCCAACCCGACGUGGGAAAUGUGUUACACUGGCUAAAAGUGCCAAGCCCUGAGGGGAAAGAAAAUAUGUUGGUUGGAGGGAUUUGUGGCCCUGAAGCAAAAAUCCAUCGAGCAGAAUUGGAGAAACAGCUGUUGCGUGGUAGCGUCAAAUAUGGACUGGACGCUGCUGGUAACCGAAGAUAUGUUGGGCUUGAUGGACUCACCAGACUGUUGCUAGAAAGCAUAGGCUUAGAGGCUAACCAUGACUUGGCAACAUGGCGAAUCUCAACGUCCAAAUUCUUCAAACCUCUACAGAAGCAAAUAUACAUCAUUCCGAUUCGUAUCAUAUCAGGAGAACCAUGUGUUAUCCAGGGCGAGAUUAAAAGCCUUUUGGUCCCUGGCCAAUACGUAAGGUUGGAGGAUGGUAUCGAUAUUCAGCCAGAACUAGAACCAGAACUGGAAUGUGUCUUUGCAUCAUUCGAGUCGCCAAAGGAGCUCACUCCAUGUCCAACCACCAACCCGCAUAAUUCUGCAUCCUAUUGA